UCCGGGAGGCGCUGGCAGCGGUGGCGGAGUGGAGCGGAGCGGAGCGCAGCGCAGGGGAGGAGACGGGCGGCUGUCCGCACGGAGGGAGUGAGUCACCUGACCGCCGCUUGCCGCCUGCAGUCGGGCCGCGCCGCGCCUCGGCUCCGGUCAGUGACAGUGAGAAGCAUGCUUUCCACUGCUCCCCCUGACCCCGUCUGCCACCCAGGAUGUCUGUGAGUGAGAGUGCGGUGUUUGCCUACGAGUCCUCUGUGCACAGCACCAACGUCCUGCUCAGCCUCAAUGACCAGCGGAAGAAGGAUGUGCUGUGUGAUGUCACUGUCCUGGUGGAGGGCCAGUGCUUCCGAGCGCACCGCUCGGUGCUGGCUGCGUGCAGCGGUUACUUCCACUCGAGAAUCGUAGGCCAGACUGACGCAGAGCUCACCAUCACACUGCCUGACGAGAUAACAGUUAAAGGAUUUGAACCUUUAAUUCAGUUUGCCUACACUGCCAAACUCAUUUUGAGUAAGGACAAUGUUGACGAAGUGUGCAAGUGUGCGGAGUUUCUAAGCGUGCACAACAUCGAGGAAUCCUGCUUUCAGUUUCUCAAGUUUAAAUUUUUGGACUCCACCUCAGAGCGGCAGGAAUGUGCAAGACAGAAGUGCUUCUCACACUGUCAGAAAGCAGACUUUAAAUCUUCAUUUUCAGAACAGAAGGAUCUAGAAAUCAACGAAGCAGAUGAAUUCUUGGAAAAGAAAAGUGUUCAGACUCUUCACUGUGACCCCCAGAGGUGUCAGGGCAGUGUGAAAGCAUCCCCCACUCUCCAGGACAGUGUCAGUCAGACAUGCCAGUCCCUGUGCGUGGGCAAGGAUGGAGUCCUGGCAUUGCCAUCUUUGUGCCCCAAAUACAGAAAGUUCCAGAAAGCGUUUGGAACUGACAAGAUCCGAACUCUAGAAUCCGGCAUCCGAGAUGUCCAUACUGCCUCUGUCCAACCAAAUGAGACAUCUGAACUCGAAUGUGUAGGGGGAGCGCAGGGCUGUGCAGAUGUGCAUGUGAUUUUAAAAUGUGAAGGAAUGAAGCCAGCCGUGGAGAGUGAAGACACAAAGUGUGAAGACCCCACCUCUCAGUGUCCUGCGGAGCAGGCGGAAGUGACGCCUUUGCCUCAGGAUUCUGCAGGUCCUCACGGGUUCUACACCCUGUCGGUCCUACACACAUACGAGCAGUCAGGUGACGUGGGCUUUGCUGGGAUGCAGAGUAAAACAGUGAAAACAGAAAAGCCUCUAUCCGGUCCAGAUGCCCAGGAUGAGAAGCCACUGGAAAAUCAGGAUUUAUUCCUGAAGUCUAACAUGGGCCCCAAAGAAGACAGCAGCAGCCUUGCAUCCGAGGAUCGGAGUAGUGUGGAGCGAGAGGUAGCCGAGCACCUGGCCAAAGGCUUCUGGAGUGACAUUUGCAGCACGGACUCGCCUUGCCAAAUGCAGUUGUCGCCAGCCGUGGCCAAAGACGGCUCAGAGCAGGGCUUCUCGCAAAGGCGGUCCGAGUGUCCCUGGCUGGGUAUCAGGAUCAGCGAGAGCCCGGAGCCGGGCCAGCGGACUUUCACAACACUCAGUUCUGUCAACUGCCCUUUUAUCAGUACGCUGAGUUCCGAAGGCUGCUCAAGCAACUUGGAAAUCGGAAACUACGAUUACACCCCAGAGCCUCAGCAGGACCCUUGCCCCUAUGCUUGUGUGAUUAGCCUGGGAGAUGACUCUGAGACCGACACGGAAGGCGACAGCGAGUCCUGUUCUGCCCGGGAGCAGGACUGUGAGGUGAAACUGCCAUUCAAUGCUCAACGAAUCAUUUCGCUUUCACGGAAUGAUUUCCAAUCCCUGCUGAAAAUGCACAAACUGACCCCAGAACAGCUGGACUGUAUCCAUGACAUCCGCAGGAGGAGUAAGAACAGGAUCGCCGCGCAGCGCUGUCGCAAGAGGAAACUCGACUGUAUCCAGAACCUGGAAUCGGAAAUCGAGAAGCUGCAAAGUGAGAAGGAAAGCUUGCUGAAGGAGCGAGAUCACAUUUUGUCAACGCUGGGGGAGACAAAGCAGAACCUUACUGGACUCUGUCAGCAAGUGUGCAAGGAGGCGGCCCUGAGCCCAGAGCAGAUUCAGAUCCUCGCCAAGUACUCGGCCUCCGACUGCCCGCUCUCCUUUUUAAUUUCUGAGAAAGGAAAAAGCACCCCCGAUGGUGAGCUUGCUUUUGCUUCAGCUUUCAGUGUGUCUGACAUGCCUCUGACCGCACCACCUCCCUGUGGGCAAGGAAGCAGCACGGCCACCCAGGAGCCCGUGCAGGAGUCCCAGCCACACACCGCAGCUGCCCCGGAGCCUGCCACGCUGCUGGAACCCUGUCGGCAGAGUGCGGGCAUCUCAGACUUCUGUCAGCAGAUGUCUGACAAGUGUACUACGGACGAGUAGGCCACUCGAGCGUCCCUCAGCCCGUGGGUUUCCCUCUGACAUCCUGGCAUUGUCUUGUGGGCCUUAUGUGGCCAUGCCUCCUUGCUUAGCAGCCCUGCUUCCUCCUGGUAGCUUCCUAUUGAGGGAAUUUCUCUUUAAGGUGACCCUGAGUUCGCCUUGGUUUUCAUAGGAGAUAUCAUGUUCUAUCGCUUGGAUGAUGAUGGAAAAUCGUAUGUGAAAAUAUAGAGUGACCAGGUAACGAUCUCCUCAGUGAUGGAAGCCACAGUAUCCAUUUCAACAGCUCGAAGCAUUUGCACACAGUGCUCAUGGGCUGUGGAUAACCUACUGAUCAGAAAGAAGACUCCUCCCUAAGCAAUGCAGGGGUGAUCUCCCCAGAAGUGGGGUACUUACUAAGUGUUUAUGCAGAGCUGUAAUGUGGAAAAGAAAUGUCCUUUGAACUCUAAUGCUCUGCUCCUCAGCUCCUACCAAAGUCCAGCACGGGCUGGACCUGGUGACGCUGAGGCUGUCCUGGCAGGGCCUGGUCAGAGGCUGCAGCUCGCCUGAGCCCUGGCCUCUGCUGUCCUCAGUAUUCACCAGGAGUUUUGGCUGCACAAACUAGGAAGUGAAACGUUCCCUGCUCUCGCUUCUGCUCCUCUCUUUAGUCUCUCCCUUGUCUAGGCUGUUAGGAACGUUCUGUUCCCUGGCUUUUAUUGUCCGAUGGAGGAAGAAGUUGGGAGUUAGGCUGAAGUGUCCUGAGGCGCACAGUCUGGCUAGAACCAUAGUUGCCUCAGGUCAGAGCGGUGUCUGUCGGUCAUCUCAGUGCAGGUCACCAAUGGCCAUGAGGGCAUUGGGGCCAAGGAGAGGGGAUGUCUACACUGACCAGAAGAGCAGCUCACUGGCAUCCUGGUGAAGACUGUGGUCUGUCAAAAAGCUGCAUUGGAGGCAAGCAUGGAUCUGAGGCUCUGCCUACAUUGGAAAUGACAAAAUUCCAUCUCUGUCCAUUAUGGGUUUGCACUUGAAAACCAGAUUUAAUCCUUUUAUUAUUUUUUUCCUAGUCCCACAUUUGGUAUGGUGUAAAGGCACACACACCAGUUUGACUAGACAUUGAAAGAUCAAUUUUGUGCUUAUUUAAUGUUGGAAUGGUGGAAUAUGAAUUGAGAAUAGUCUGAGCAGUUGGCCCUGUAAUGUUUUGCAGUGAUUCUUAGCCAUUCUGGAAUCUCAUCCUGUAGAUCUCAGCAGUGGAAACAAAACCUUAUUUAUACAGGUUCCACAUCCCUGUUCAAGGAAUGUGCGAUGCCUUAAAAUGGGAGACAUUCUGAGCACCGGAAUGUGGGAUAUCCAGUCCUGACCUCAGAAGGCAGGUUGCAGUUGAAACAGGACAUUCAAAGUCUUCUGAACUCUGCUCUGUGUGCCUCGGGUACAUAGAAUCCCCGGUUCAGUAAGCCGGGGAGGGUCUGACCCUCAGGCUCUUCUAACCUGUUGGAAGGUUGAAGUCUGAGCCGCUCUGUAUCAGACAUCAACAAGGGAGUCUGCAGUCGCUCCAGGAGCACUUACAGAGUCCUGGUCGGGGGCAGGGGAAGAGCCAAUGGACUGCAUCUCUCCAGGUCACAUGCCUGAAAGAGAUGCUUCACUGCAUGCUGCAUCUACUGAAGGGCAGAGGGACAGAGGGACGGGGAGGGAGGGAUUGAGGCAUGGGAGAGCGUGCACACUACCCUGAGUGGUAUCCAGUCACUGGCAAGCUGAUGUUUGCCAUGAGAAGAUACGGGGACCAGCAGCAAUAUCUCAUGAUUUCAUAGUUAGUUAGCAGAUACUGCCCUUUUUCUUGGAGUGCAGCAAGGGAGGGAGGAGGGUAGUUUGUGUCUCAUCUUUGGAAGAGAAAAUUAAAUUGGAAUUAUUUUCUAGAAAUUCUGAAUAGUCCACUCAGUUUGCCUGGGAGAGAGUGCUCACUGUGUGAUAAUGCAUCCCAUGUUACAAAAGAGUUGUGUGUGUGUGUGUGUAUAAUAUAUACACACCCAUGAAUAUAUAUACAUAUGUAAUGUACAUACAUAUACAUCACACACACACACACAUACACACACACACAUAUACAUCUGUAUGUAUAUGUCCCCAUGCAGCUAUUUGGUAUUUGUAAGUUUAGACUUCAACUUAACAUAAAAUAAUAUGAAAACUUCUCUGGUUUACAAAGUGUAAAAUCUUAUACAAGCCAAUGGAUUUCCUACCUCACUGUACACUAGGCUGUCUGCCAUCAGUUCUUGUAUGUAAAUAUGUCAGAUCUUUUGCUUUCAAUGUAAAUAUUUGCUUUGAAAAGUUACUUACCAUUUUAUGAUAAAACCCAGUUCUCUCCUCAGUUUAAAGAUAUAUUUUUUAAGACACUUGGUUUAAAUUUCUAUCUAUGAACAGUUUAGCAUUAAGGGUUAAUUUUAAUGGUGUCUGGUAAUUGGCCAAGUGUAAUAUUUCUUAAAAUUUAGCAUUACUUUUAACAGCCAGCAUGUAAUACAAGUAACUACACUACCUCAUACCUUUGUGAUUUUCAAGUUGUAUUAGGUGGACAGGACAGGUUUUACCUUUGUCUUUGGGCCAUAAAGUGGGUAAUAAUAGAAAUAUAUUGCAUAGCAUUAUACAUUUAUGCCUAUUUUAACGUGAACUUCUAGAACAUUUUCUUUUCUAAGAAGAUUUGUUUUAAGGAAAUACUUUUUGGGGGGUGAGGGGUGCUGAAGACAAAUGAUAGGAUAAUAUGUGUGCAGUAUAUGUACACCUUUUCCUUCAUGCAGAGCUUGGACAGUGGUUUUAGUUGGUGUUUUGCAUUGCCACAAUUGGAGCUCCUUAUUGUAUGAGCUGGCCUUCUCAAGGCCUGGUGGGGCUUUGUUUUUUUUUUUUUAAGCUGUCAUGUCUGACUCAAUACAAUAAUGUCAUCUUAAAUUUUUGCCCCUUAUUUGAAUACUAUAGCUACAAUCAAAAUGAUUUGUUAAAUUGUUAUAUUCAGAAUAAAUACGGAUAUAACACUGGUUGGCCACCUGCAAGCUUUAUAACAGUUUGCUGUAGCUUGAUGCUUAGCCACCUUCAAGUUAGGAACUGAACAUAUGUGAUGCAGGCAUGGCGGAGAUGGGAUGGCGGGGUGACGGCGUGAGGGUACUCAGCCACGUCAACAACUUGGAAAAAAAGAGAAGCAAAUGUUACAGUGAAUUCUCAGGUGAACUUUUCAGUUAUGAAAACAUCUAUUUUGAAUUUGUAAAUAUUUUAACUGUUUUAUUAAGGCAUGGACUAAACUAUUCUCUGACACCUGUUGGGUAGAGUGAAAAUUUAAAGCCAUAAUGGUAAAAGAUGGCAUACUGAUUGUAAAAUAAACAAAUAAUUAUAAUUGUGAUUUUUUUUGUAUCUUUCAUAAUAUAAUUUUUCUAACUGCAAUAAAACCACUGAACUUAUA